AGAGACAUGGAGCAAAGGCAUAAACCCACACACCCACCCCUCUCUUCACCCAUCCCCCAAAUUCCAAACCCUUGCAACUUCAGAUCUUGCUCUCUUACUACCGUGCCGCCUGCCGGAGACUUGAUUCCAGCUAUGCGGCUCCGAAGAGCUGCUACCAGGGUGCUUCGGCCGGCCUACUCCACCACCCAGGCUGGAGGGCCACGUACAUCUUCCAGCAACCUCUCGUCGGAGCUAGUGAUGUAUGUGCUUCGUAUGCAUGGUGGCGGCAGAGGUCUCAACAACCCUGUGGUUGAUCUAGAGGGUGCAUGCAGCCUGAACCAAUCACCUUGGGAUCUCGCAUGCGAGCUUGAGAACCCCAAUCCCUUGGAGGACCUGUUCAACAAGUAUCUAGUGCACAUCCCUCAUAGGGCUAGUUUCACAUUCAACAACGAUAAUGAUGAAGAGAUGGAAGUAUAUGACAUGAUAUGGAAACAACAGCAGGGUGAGGAAAUGAAGGAUCUGAACCCAUCCCAAAAGGAGAAACAAGAUGGUGAGACCAAAAUGGUAAAGGAUCAUAUGAAUGUGGAACCCCUGGUGCCAGAGGAGGACAUGUUAGACAAGGGGAUAGAAGAUUUUGGCGAAAAGAAGGCUAGUGUUUGGUACUAUCGCAAGAGGUGGCACUGCCAAAACAUCGUCGAUGGGCCCAAGGCCUUGUGUGAAUACCACCUAGCAAAGAGCCACUCCAACACCCCUACUAGUGUGAAAGUUGCAACCGCCCAUUCUAAGUCAUGCUGUACAAUUACCAUGUCUCAUCUCCUGAAAUCUAGCUUCAAACCAACUUUAACUGGUGAAGCAUCAAGUUUGAGGGCAGCAUCAGCAAGCAUACAAAAGAACUCCCAGUCACACAAGAGGAAGGCAGGCAAUGGCUUAAGUGAGGAUACAUACUACUCCUAUAGUUUGUUCAGCCCAUUCCAUGGAAAGGAUCAGGAUGAUAGCAGAAUAGGUUGAGUAGCUACAAUUGAUUAUCAACAGAAGGGGUUUCUACAACAAGAUAACAUUGUCCUCAUAAAAGAAAGAGAUGAUAAUAAGGAAUACAUCGAUGUUGACAACUUGUUUGAUGAUUUCUCGAUCGCAGGUGAUGAUGGGCAAAGCGACAAAGACUACUUUGUUGGUGGUGCCAAUAAUCCCCAUGUUAAGAAAGGGAAACAAUAGAUGGCAGAGGAUAGAGCAGAAUGAUGGCUAAGAAGCACAUUAAUGAAUGGUCUCUCAAAUAAUUGCUCUAGAGUUUCCAUUAAACGAUGGAAGUGUUUCGAUCUCCCCUUGUUGUUUGAUUUAUGUAUUAUGUAUGGAUUGUGGCAUGUCCCUUUUCUGUGAACAUUUUAAUUUUGCUAUAUUUGUAAGUGGAUCAAAUAUAAUU